ACGCGUUUUCGGCGACGAGGUCGUUCACGCUCAUGGCCGCCGACUACAGCCAAAUAGAGAUGAGGGUGCUCGCCGACGCUUGCCGAGACCCUGGGUUGAGGAACCUCUUCGCCACUCUCGGGGGCACGAACGACGCGGGUGCUGGCACUGGCGGGGGCGACGUGUACAGAAAACUGGCUGCGCAGGUGUUCGGCAAGGAGGAACAAAGCGUCAGCGACGAAGAGCGGAAUCGCGCCAAGGUGGUUUGCCUGGGAAUCACCUACGGUAUGGGAACUCCGCAGGUGGCGAAAAAGCUAGAGAUCACCGAGAGUCAGGCCCAAGGGCUCGUGCGGUCAUUCCUGAAAGCCUUUCCCGGGAUCGAGCCCUUCAUGGCCGCCACACGCAGGUUCGCGAGGGAGAACGGCUAUGUUUGCACCCUGACGGGACGGCGCCGACACCUGCCCGAGAUCAACAACUCUCGCAACGCGGCCGCGAAGGCGCAGGCGGAGAGGCAGGCGGUCAACAGCGUUGUCCAGGGUACCGCGGCCGACAUCAUGAAGACGGCCAUGGUGCUGGUGGCCCGUCGUCUCGAUGCUUGGCGGUCUCGCCUGGAUGAGGGCCUUGACUGUCCCAGGCUCAUCAUGCAGAUCCACGACGAACUUGUUCUCGAGUGCCCGGCCUGUGAGGAAGACCUGGAGAAACUCAAGGGUUUGCUGGCCGACUGCAUGGAGGUGGAAGCUCCGGCGGUGCUGGGCAUCAAGUGCCCGCUGACAGUCAACAUGCUAGUGGGCAUGUCAUGGGGCAGCAUGAGGAGGGUCGUAUCUCACGACGAGGAUGACGACGAUAGCGAGUAGCCUUGAUUGUAUGUGCGAUGGUGUGGUUUGCACAUGGUAGACUGCGCGACGGGCCUGCUCGACAUGAAACAUUGGUUGUGUGUGCGGGCGCGUAUCCCGCUCAUUUUUUUUCCUACAAAAGGCGUUGUUUGGAAUUGGUCCCAAGAUGACAACGGUAGCGACAACGAUAUCGACGUUGAUUGAUUUGUCUCUGUUGUUUGUGCCUUGUUUUAUUUCUCGUCCUAGAACUUCCUUGUCGCAAAAGUUGAGUUGAGCAAAACGUUGUUGCUGGGUGCAACUAAGAUUUUCACCGUUGACUGCACCCUCGUUUUUGCGGGGAAAGGCAACAUUACUCUCAUUUGUACUGCUUGCAGUGUGGUCGACGUCGUGUUGUACGCAAUGUAUUGCACCACGUUGGUUUGCGUGUGGAGCGGACUUGAGCAACGUGUUCUCCUGUGCUGCAUAUGUACGUGGGAC